AAGGCAACUAGAGCGUGGUUUCAGUUCAACAGGGUGAACUAACAGAGGCAGCGAGAAAUCACCACAGACAGAGUUCACGUGAAAUAUUUGGACUUACUCUACUCAGCAGCAGCAGCUCAGGAGGGGGGGGACACUGAGAGGCUUGUGUGAGGUGUCGAAGCUGAGGACUAACAGGACAAAGACAAAUUGAACAGAGGACUUCAAAUAUCAGCAUGCAACAGACAGCUUUACUCUGAACAGGUUCUUUGAGGGACUGCUAGCUGACAUUAAACUAAAUGGGUGACUCCUGCACCCACCAUAAUAUUCUUUCGUGACUUGCAAAUUACAGCGAGGACACAACAUUAACAUUGUUCCCUGUUAUAAUCUUGGAUCAUACUGGAAUAUUGGGAUUCGGAUCCCGUCGUGGAUGAGUUUCCAUUUCCACCCUGGAAGAAGCCAUCUUUCUAAAGUUUACAGUAGCAUAUUUUUUUUCUUUCACAUCAACACUCCCUGAUGAUCACAAGGGAAUAUGUCACUCUUGUUUUGGUGGGCUCUUGUUUCCUGUUGGACUACAGCUCCCAAAGUGCUCAGCUCCAGAGCAGAACUAAGGGUGCGGUAAUCAUAGACAGGGGGGCAACUGGACCCAAAAACAUGAGGGAGUCUGUCGACGAAGUGACGUCUACAGUGGGUCGGAUGAGGCAUAGGAGACAUGGAAGGUCAAGGGCCCAACGUAUUAAAAGAGGAUGGGUGUGGAACCAGUUCUUCGUCCUGGAGGAGUAUAUGGGAUCUGAACCGCAAUAUGUUGGAAAGCUCCACACAGACAUGGACCAUGGAGACAGUGCGGUGAAGUACACUCUGUCAGGCGAAGGAGCUGGGUCCAUUUUCACCAUCGAUCAAAUUACAGGAGAUAUUCAUGCGCUGGUGGGACUUGACAGGGAGGAAAAGUCCUUCUUCACGCUGAGGGCCCAGGUUGUUGACAUCAACACAGGCCUUCCUCUGGAACCAGAGUCUGAGUUCAUCAUCAAGGUGCAGGACAUCAACGACAAUGAGCCACGAUUCCUAGAUGGACCGUACAGCGGCAGUGUCCCGGAGAUGUCCCCAACAGGAACCUAUGUGACACAGGUGACUGCCACAGAUGCAGACGACCCCACAUAUGGCAACAGCGCACGCAUCGUCUACAGCAUCCUUCACGGACAGCCCUACUUCUCUGUGGACCCUAAGACAGGAGUUAUCAGGACAGCACUGGCCAACAUGGACCGUGAGGUGAAAGAGGAGUACCAGGUUCUUCUCCAGGCCAAAGACAUGGGAGGUCAGCUGGGGGGGCUGGCGUCCACCACCACCAUCAACAUCACCCUCAGAGAUGUCAACGACAACCCGCCCCGCUUUGCAAAGAGUAUAUUCCACCUACGGGUGCCAGAGUCUGCGCCAGUUGGCUCGGCGGUGGGUCGGAUUCGGGCCAAUGAUUUGGAUGUUGGCAGCAAUGCAGAAGUGCAUUAUACCAUUGUUCCAGGAGAUGAGGGCAACAUGUUUGAAAUCAUCUCUGAUGGCCAAACUCAAGAGGGAGUCGUAGUCUUGAAAAGGACCCUCGACUAUGAAACCAAAAAAUCGUACAUUUUCAAGGUCGAGGCAUCCAACGCACAACUGGACCCCCGUUUUCUCCACCUAGGGCCCUUCAAGGACUCUGCGACGGUGAAGGUGACCAUCCUGGACAUGGCGGAGCCUCCUGUCUUUACCAAGCCGUUUUACUCCAUGGAUGUGUAUGAGGACACUCCUCUAGGGACCAUCAUUGGCUCGGUAACCGCCCAUGACCUGGAUGCCAGCAGCAGCGCUGUUAGGUACUCAUUGGAAUGGAACACAGAGUCUGACAGCUGUUUUGACAUUGACACUGUUGAGGGAACUAUUUCCACUAAUGAAUACCUGGACAGAGAGACAGCUGUACAGCACAAGGUCAAUGUGGUGGUAACCAAAGUCAAUAACCCACUGCUGUCCACCAAAGUGUCGGUGACAGUCAACAUCCUGGAUGUGAACGAGUUCCCUCCUGAGCUGGCUGUUCCUUCGGAAUCCUUUGUGUGUGAGAACUCCCGAAUCGGACAGGUGAUCCAGACUGUCAGUGCUGUGGACAAGGAUCUUCCUCCUGUCGGUCAGAGGUUCUUCUUCAAGAGCCCCAAAGAGCUCCGCAACAGAAACUUCACUGUUCGAGAUUUUGGAAACAACACUGCCGGCAUUGUGACCAGACGCUCAGGUUUUCAGCGGCGGCUGCAGGACUUCUACGUUCUUCCUGUGGUGGUCGAAGACAGCGGUUACCCUGCUCAGAGCAGCACAGCCACCCUCACCAUCCGAGUGUGCUCCUGCGAGAUGGGGGGCUCUCUGCUGACCUGUUCAGCAGAGGCUAUCUUCCUGCCUGUGGGCCUCAGCACUGGAGCCCUGAUGGCUAUUCUGCUGUGUGUAGGUCUGUUGAUUGUUAUGGCAGCGCUGUACAUGAGCCAGAGGCGCAACAAAGAGAAAGAGACUCUGAUGACAUCAAAAGAGGACAUACGUGACAAUGUCAUUCACUACGACGAUGAGGGCGGCGGCGAGGCGGACACUCAUGCCUUCGACAUGGGCACCCUGCGCAACACACACUCACAGCAAGCCAAAGCCCACAGCGCCGUCUCCAAGACGGAGAAAAAUGGCUAUGGGGACGGGGUUCUGCUGCAUCUCACCAGCCGCAACGACGAUGUCAGGUCACCUGACAUCCAUCGUCAAACAGCCAGCGGUAUUGUUGCUGUGAAUGAAAAGACCCCGCUCUCUUCCUGCGGCAGAGGGACUGAGGGCGAUGCGGAGAAGAUCCAGGAGUUUAUCGAACACCGGUUGGAGGAGAGCCACAAGGGUUAUGCCACUCCGCCCUAUGAUUCAUUAGCAACCUACGCUUACGAGGGCGACGGCACCGUGGCGGGUUCGCUCAGCUCCAUAGAUGAGUCUUGGGUAAUUGACAGUUCAGGGGAUUUUAGUUAUCUUGGUGACUGGGGACAACCGUUCAAAAUACUGGCUAGCAUCCUGGACAGACAGCCGCCCACUCUGUCUAAGGAGAGCUGAGAGGAAGUUGACGAGCGGAGAGACACUGAGCAGCCAUGUGGGAAUUAGCUUACUUUUUUAGACAUGUUUUUUUUUUACUUUGACAGGCACUGGUUAGAAUGAUGUGAGGUGAUGUUGAGCUGAUAGAAAACUGUUCAUGUGAGGUAGAAUUAUGGCAGCACCAGUUAGCUCAAGAGCAGAGAGUCUAGCUACAGGUGAAUGAAAAGGGUGAACUUGAUAGCUCCUCGAAGUGUCUGAGGUACUGUAUGUUUACAUGUCUUUUGAUUCAUGUUACUUAAUAAAAAACAUCAUGAACUGAUGUUUUGAUUUUU